AUGCUCAUGUCCCAGUGUCUCGCCCUAUUUACUAUCCUAUAUGUCUGCUAUUUAAGAAAUAAUAUUAUAUCAUCUCACCAUGGAAGGUGUUUGGCUCUAGACGAAGCAGAACUUGAAAAUCUCAUGGACUUACAUGACAUAGAAACAGUACAAGGUACUAGUGGUGAAUUGAAUAACGGAUCUAAUGACCAAUUAAGUGAGGAGUGGGAUACCUGCAAGAUAGCUCUUGAGGAAGAAUUUCAAAACUUUAUGGUGUCUUUAGAAAAUAAUAUAGACGACACAUUGCUAGAGGGAAAAAAUGAAUGGGAUGAAUGGAUCCAAAAAAUGCAGUAUAAAUGGUCACAUUAUCAUGAAUUAAUGAGCGAAACAUAUAAAUCUUAUAUCUAUGAAAGAAGCGCAACCUGGAGUGAAAAUGAUUGGAAACGUUACAUAGAAAUAGAUUGGCAUAGAUGGAUAAAUAAUAUUGAAGAUGAUCUCAGUAAAUUAAUACAAGAGAGAUGGGAACAAUGGAAAGCACACCAAAUGAUGACAUGGUUAAUGAGCAAUUGGAAAGAUGAAAAACAGAAUUAUAUUGAUAAAUUAGAAUCCAGAAAAUAUUCAAAUACGAUAGAAAUGAAACUUUUUAUGAAGAAGUGUAAUAAAAUAAUUCAAUGGAAAACAGAAAAAUGGGAAAGUUGGAUACAAGAUAAAGAGGAUUUCAUUACAAAUCUUAAGAACGAAAAAUUCUUACAAUGGAAAGAUGAUUACUACUUUUUAUUUAAUAAUUGCAGAAGCGACUUUAUUGAAAAUUGGAUAAACAAAAAAUAG